AUGGCCACCAAGUUGAUGCCGAGCCGCCAUACUAUCCAUAUGCUUCUCAAAUCCCAGCGGAAGCUCAAAGAAUUGAACUUCCGCAUCAGGCCCGACGAGGCCUUCGCGGGCAAGGGGCCUCUUCCUAUCCGCACAACUGGUCCUUUGAUGGAACCUCCACUAAAAGACCUCACUGGACUAGCUGUAUAUGUUCAUUGCUAUCCGACACUAGCGAAAAGCUCUUUUGAGUACUACCGCAAACUUCUCCCAUACGUUCCCAAGCUGCAGACCUUGUCCAUAGAGGGCACGCUCUUUGAGAAUCGUCCACUCGACCGCCUGGACAUGCAUCACAUCCUACAGCAUGACAUAAAAGAGCCCAUUCUGACAAGUCUCACUACCCUCCGUCUGAAGCUUAUCGACCUUGGAAUGAGCCACAAGGUGAUUUUCAGUAACAUGAACUUUGCUAACCUUCGCACGUUGUCACUGAUUGGCUGCAAUGACAUGGCUCCCUUCUUUGGUGGCCUCCUGGUACAACGCGCCAACAGUGACAGCAGCUAUCUUUCCCGUCUUUCCGAUCUGGAGAUCUUCUUCCCUUCCAAUUCACCCCAUCCCUACACCGACAUUCAGGCUGUCCAACGCUUCCUCGAGACUGGUCCUAAACUUGACAAGCUCAUCUUGGACGUAUCGCGUCAUGCCUUGAUAAACAAAGACGCUAUCAUCGCUCAGUCUAAGCUCAAGUCACUGGAACUGGGUACUGGUGAGGAGAGGGCAGGGCGUUCAUAUGCAGUGGAAGACGUCAAAGCGAUUCUAGCCGCUUGUUCAGAGCUCGCAGACAUCGCCAUUAAUCUCCCUGCAGCGAACCUAGGAUCCCUUAUCGAUCUAGCUCAUGACUUCAGACUGGGAAGACCCCAAAACUGUCUCACACAUGUAGAGACCGAGUUCGAAGCCAUGCUCACCGUACUCGCCCAGCACACCCCUCUUCACACCCUCCGCAUAUUGAACCUCCCAAUUUUCGGAGAGAUCGAAAUAGCACACAAACCAGACUCGCUCAACGCUACCGAACGCCGAUUAGCCCGCAUCCUGUACAAGAAUUAUGUAACGGAGAUCAUGCGCUUCAUGGCGAGAUGCGGUACCGCACCCAUUGUUUUCGACACCCGGCCUAGCAUUACUUAUCAAAUCUUCGAUGAGUGUAUUCGGCAAAAGAAAGAUCAAGGCGUUGUAUGUCUCGUCAGCCGCUCAUGGCGGGAGCUUAUGGCCCCUAUCUUGUGGGAAAAGCUUGAAUUCAGCUUGGGUGAUCACCAAGGCUCUUCCCCUGGCCGCUCUUUGACGACGUUAUUAGAUCCUAACUCUGGGAUCCUCCCACAUGUACGGAAUCUAUGCUUUGCGGACUUUACGGAUGAGGAUGCGGAGAACCGUCUCGAGUCGUUGAUCUUGGCACUUCCACGCGAUAAACUCCGCGUUUUCCAGGCCUAUGGCGACAUGCAGCAUGAGCUUUUCUUGCAAUUGUUGCGAUCGCAGACCAAGCUAGAGAGCUUCUAUGCAACGACUCCAUUUACCUGCCUUGGCUCGACGAGUGACUAUCAUUAUGCUUCCCGGGAAUACCGCGCGUGGGUUGCAUCGCUGACGCCUGAACUGAAGGAGAUUAGUCUUCUUCUAGAGCGCGAAGAGGAAGACGAGGAAGAAGAGGUCGAGAAGAACCACCGGAAUCUGCAGAGCUUUAUCGACCUCUACCCUAGUCUCGAAAGGCUGAACUUGUCAGCCGAUUGUGACCCUCCGAUCUCAUUACAAGAACUGCUCUCGCUAUCGCCGGAGAGUCGCCUAUUCUCCAAUCUGACAUCGAUCAAAAUGGAGGCAAUGAGCUUGGUACCGGAUGCUUUAUAUCAGUUCUCCCACAACUUCGACGUUGCAAGGUUAGAGAAGUUGCAUCUCAAGGACUGCAGCUCGAUGUCGCUGUUCUUCGACAGUCUCUCAGAAUCGUACAUUGAAACACCCGGUAAAUUAAGGGAGUUGUGCAUCCGCCUAGAUAACGGUGUUGAAGACGAAGUGCAGGUCGAGACCACAACAUCCAUUGAAAACUUCCUCAAAGUCUGCUGCGCUAGACUUGAGAAUCUCGAACUACACCUCUCCAACGGCAAACUGGUCGACAAAAGUUGUCUUCUGCCUCACGCUGAAACGCUUCGUAACGUCAUUAUCGAAAAAUCCCAAUACGGAAUUCCGGAUUCUCAGUCGCACUACUACUCGGGAGACGAAGUCGGGGUAAUUUUGAGGGCGUGCACAAAGCUCAGAGGACUGGCCAUCAAUCUGCCACCUAUCGAUCUCGGACAUAUCACAGAGCUCGGGGACUUUCAAUUCAAAGCAAGUGAGCGGGAUUGUGCCGCUUUCAAAGAUGUACUAUCUUCAUACCAUGGAAAUACUGAGCGAGCCUGA